CAUAGGGUUUCAGUUCUGUUUUUUUGAAUCCCACUUUUGUAACACUUGCUUUAACUUCUUUAUUACGAUUCAGUUCUCUCUUCUCUUUUUUUGCUUAAUAAUUUCGUUACCUGAAAAUUUACAUAAAUAAAUCCCAUCAAAAACCGACUUUUUCAAAGUUUGAUGGAGUAUUUAUAUUUACAGCUCAGCUGAAAAGAGAUACAAGGAGAGAAGAAAAGUUGGUAAAGACUAAAGAAAGAUUCUUGAUACUUUUUCUUGGAUUUUCUUGAUUAUAAAUGGUGAUUUGAUUGGAGGAUUCAUGGGGUUUUGGAUUUGUCUACUUGAGGCUUUAGAAGCCUCCUUUUGCAACAAGAACAGGUUAGGAAGGUAUGAGGAGUAAGAAUCCGAUCAAGGAGCGGGGGAAACAAAAAGGAAACAAGAGGUUGGGGAAUCUAAUGGCGUGCCUCCAAUCACCGAAGAAAAAUAAAUUGGUUGAUAUGAUUUAUUCGUCCAAAUCACCUGCUAAGGAUUAUUCAAGAAGUGCCCAUUCUUCUCGAUCCGAUGAGAUUGAACAUCAACUGGAUGUUGGCAAUAUUGAGGAGGCAGAAUCAUCUCUGCGCGAGAGCGGUUCUCUUAAUUACGAGGAAGCAAGGGCAUUGUUGGGAAGAUAUGAGUACCAGAAGGGAAACAUUGAAGCUGCAUUGCACGUGUUUGAAGGGAUAGAUAUUGCUACCAUUACUCCAAAAGUUAGAAUUACUCUUGGUUCAAAAGGAGAUACUCGGAAGCAACGCUCACGUAGUUUUGCUACCCUGCCAAUGUCUGUACGUACAGUCAGUUUGAUCUUAGAAGCAAUUUUACUGAAAGCAAAAUCAUUACAAGUUCUAGGAAGAUACAAAGAAGCAGCUCAAUCAUGUGCAGUUGUUCUGGAUAUUGUUGAAUCUUCACUACCUACAGGCUUGCCUGAAGAUUUUGCUGCUGACUGUAAAAUGCAUGAAACUCUUAAUAACUCGGUCGAGUUGCUUCCAGAAUUGUGGAAACUUGUGGACUCUCCACGCGAAGUAAUUUUCUCAUAUCGGAGGGCUCUCCUUCAUAAAUGGAAUCUGGACACAGAAACAACUGCAAAAAUCCAAAAAGAAUUUGCUGUUUACCUAUUAUAUAGUGGUGGAGAUGCUUUUCCUCCGAACCUUCGGUUCCAAAUGGAUAGAUCAUAUGUACCCAAAAACAACAUGGAGGAAGCUAUUUUAUUGCUCAUGAUUUUGCUAAGAAAAAUUUCACUUAAAAAAAUUGAGUGGGACCCAACUAUUUUGGAUCACCUUUCAUAUGCUUUAUCUAUCUGUGGGGGACUAAGUGCUUUGGCUACUGAAUUAGUGCAACUGCUUCCUGGGGUUAUUAAACGCAAUGAUAGGUACCACAGCCUGGCUCUUUGUCACUAUGGAGAAGGUGAUGAAUUAGGUGCUUUAAAUUUGUGGAGAAAAGUGCUAAAGAGCGGAGAUGAUUCAGAUAACAUUCAAGCAUUAUUGAUGGCUUCUAAAAUUUGUGGUCAGAAUUCUAAUUAUGUAGAGGGUACUGAAUAUGCCCUCAGAGCUCUGGAGAAUGUGAAAGGAACAUGUGACGCGAGGGCCGGUGUUGCCAGUUCUUUAUUGGGUAUUUCACUUUCGGCACACUCAAAAUCAAAUGUGACAGAUUCUGAGAGGGCUAAGAUACAAUCUGAGUCACUUCUGUCCCUUGAAACAGCUGGAAAAAUGACCAAAUUGAGUGAUCCAGGAAUUAUUUAUCAACUGAGUCUAGAGAAUGCAGAGCAAAGGAAGUUGGAUGCUGCAUUAUACUAUGCAAAAUUGCUUCUAAAGUUAGAAGGGGGUUCUAAUAUUGUAACAUGGAUAUUAGUAGCUCGGAUAUUGUCGGCGAAGAAACGAUUUUAUGAUGCCGAAACAAUUAUAAAUGCUGCUCUGGAUCAGACUGGAAAAUGGGAUCAGGGAGAAUUGCUACGGACUAAAGCUAAACUGCAAAUUGCACAGGGUCAGUUAAAAAGUACAAUAAAGACGUAUACAGAGCUUCUUGCUGUUCUGCAGGUCCGAAGUAAAAGCUUUGGAUCUGAAAAUAAUCUUCUUGAGGAUGCUGUAAACUGGAAUAAAAGCUUGGAAAUGGAUGCAUGGCAUAAUUUGGCGUUUGUAUACAUAAGCUUGUUGCAGUGGCGAGAUGCUGAGAUUUGCCUUUCGAAAUCCAAGGCUAUUAAGCAGCAUUCUGCAUCUAGAUGGCAUGCCACUGGUGUGCUUUUUGAAGCGAAGGGGUUUAACACAGAAGCUCUGAGAGCUUUCGAGAUUGCUUUAGAUGAAGACCCGAAGCACGUCCCGAGUCUCGUCUCCAUGGCUGUGGUCCUUAAACAGGUUGAUGGGCCGUCUCUGCCAGUUGUCAGAAGCUUUCUGACAGAAGCAUUACGUCUUGACAGGAUGAAUUCUUCUGCAUGGUAUAAUCUUGGGUUACUCUAUAAAGACCAGGGCAUCACAUUGGCACGGGAAGCUGCUGAUUGCUUUGAAGCUGCUACAAUGCUCGAGGAAACUGCCCCGGUAGAGCCAUUCAGAUGAUAUACAAUUUAUAUUAUUUUCUAAGGAUUCUUGAAAUUUACAGUAAACGAGUUUUAAACCUCUAUAGAGCUUAGAGCAUAAUUACACUGAAUUAUAAUGAGAAAAAACAAUGAUUACAGAAACUUGUAGUAUUUCUGGGAUUACAGAAACUUGCAAUACUAUUUUUGGGAUCAUGACAUGAUUCAUGUAAGAUAAAUCCCAGUACAUAUAAAUAUACUGUUUUUGACUCGCAAAUAUUAUUGCUUGUAUGAGAAUAGUUUUUCAUGUGA